AUGUCGGUGUAUGCAAAAUUUUUUAAGGACAUUGUCUCAAAGAAGAGAAGCACGGGAAGAUUCGCCACGUUGGUAUUGACACAAGAAUCCAACACUAUAAUCCCACCAAAGAUGCGUGACCCAGGCAGUUUCACAAUACCCUGCUCAAUAGGAGAAAUUUAUAUUGGUCAAGCAUUAUGCGAUCUUGGGGCAAGCAUAAACUUAAUGCCCCUUUCGAUCCUCAAAAGAUUGAAUAUGGAACAGCUAAGACCCACAACGGUGACUCUUCAACUCGCCAAUAGAUCCUUGGUGCACCUUGAAGGGAAAUUAAAGGAUGUCUUGGUAACAAUAGACAGAUUCAUUCUACCUGCAGACUUCAUUAUCUUAGAUUAUGAGGCUGAUAAAGAUGUUCCAAUUAUAUUGGGAUGA